AUAAAAAUCUUCUUGUAGUUGUUCGGUGUUAAAUUGAGAACUAGUCAAAAACUAAAAUAUUCAAACUCUACGCAAUUAGCACAAAUGAUUUUAUGCUACUUUAAAUAAUUAGCAACAGUACGCUUACAAAGAAAAUUCGUCAGUGCUGGAAAACGAAAGCAGAUUUAACGUAUGUUUGCGGAUUGGAUGUGCACGUUGUUUUGUAAAUUCAUUACAUAAAUUUGGAAGAAGUACAUUCAAAAUGUAUGCCCUGCUGCGCCGCUUUGCCGGCUUCACCAACCUGGGCAACUCAGUCAGAAACUAUGCCUCCUUCACUCCCAGGGAUGUGUUGAGAAACACUGCCGACGAGACCGGCACAAUGAUCACCCGAUUCGCCAAGCAUAUUGCAAUGGAGCGGUAUAGAGAUCGGGAUCAUGUGCUACCCAAGACGACAGUCCGGUACGCUGACUUCUUCCCCAUUACGGAUGACCGGUACUUCCAGAGGACAGUACAGAAGAUUGAUCCUUCUCAACUACCUGCUCUGAUUAUUCAAGCCUCCAGCUAUCGCUCUAAUGCCGUUGUGCCCAUGUAUGUGGCCGCUCUGAACGCGUUGGAUAACUUUGCGGCCAAUCAACUGACCAAGAUGGACACAGGCACUGUGCUAGAGACCCUGUACUCAUUUUUGUUCCUCAUUCCGACCUGGUUGAAGCGGACAGACUUUUAUUGGUCAGCCGUACGGCGAUUGGUAAAGGAGGACUUCCGGGAUAACAAAGAGCGAUUCGUUCAGGUGUGCUUCUAUCUGGGAUUGCAGAAAAACCAGGCUAAAUCACCUAACGACUUCCAGCAGCUCCUCGAGGAGCAGCUACUCUCUCAUCUGCCUGCCUUAAGUGAAAUGGAUCUGGCUGUGGUCAGCAAUGCCGCCUACAAAACAUCCACAGUGAUUUCGGGCGAGGCGAGAAAUGCCUAUGAAUCGCGCCUGGUUGAUGCCAUAUUGAAUCUGCAGUUCGCUGCAGGGAACGACGCUUUGCUGACCAUCUUUGUCAAGGCUUUGCGGUUGCAACGCGUUAAGAGCGAGCAAGUAUGCCAGCAUUUGCAGAAUAUUUGCCUUGAUCCCGCAAAGAUCGCCCUGUUUGAGCCCCGAGGACUAGCACACAUCUUCGCAUUCUUUGCCGAACAGCUUUGGGAUGGAAAAAAAUUCCUGGCAAUAGUUAUAGAGCGACUAAUGAUGCUGAAACCAGGAGACUUGCGCGCCAAGGAUUUAGCCACAUUUGUUUGGGCCAGCGCUCAACUCAACUGUGAAUUGUCUCCACAGCAAAUCAGGCAACUUGAACUGGCAGCUCUUCGAAAAUUGGACCAUGGAGAAUAUGAUAAUUUUCCGGACAAUCUUGUGGACACCUGCCUUUCAUUGUGCACUUUGGGACACUACUCUAAGGAUCUGAUUGAUGCAGCCGAAGAACUUAAGGCAGGACAACGACGACAACGUGAUCAACCCAAGGUGGAUAGCCGGUUGAUUGUCCUGCGAUCUGCUGUAGCCAUUGAGCAGCCAUCAAUCGCACGACUUAAAACAGAUCAGGCAUUCAAAGAAUUUGAUCGUGCACCAAAUUAUUUGCUGAGGGAUCGACCGGACUUGACCAAAUAUGCCAAAGACCUAAAUGAGGACUUAGAAGUGGAGGGCGUGGAUUUGGUGUGUCCCAUUGUUGGAAUAAAUCUGCCGAGCUUGCGAGUACAGACAAUGGGCGACCAGGAGAGUGUGUACUUUGUGGAACUGCUAACCGCAGAGCAGACCCUAAAGUUUAGCAAGCAACCUACAUCGCUAUUGCGCCUUAAGAAGAGACUGCUGGAAUCCCUUGGGCAAAAGGUUGUAGUGCUGAACUCCACCGAAAUGGCCACAAGUGCGAAAGAACUACAUCAGCUUUUAAAAACAACAUCCGAUGCAAAAGUAGAAUCCGAAGUUGCCCAAGGCCUGAGCAACUGAAAUGUGUGAUACAGAGGUCAACGUGGCUUUCUAGGCUAGUUACAAAUCGUAGCUUUAUUUAACAGUUUUUAUGUACUUGUACAUAUUAUUUAAAUAUUAAUAGCACUAAACGUAA